AUGAAGAAGAAGACAGAGAUAGAGAAAAGAGAGAAGAAGAAGAAGAAGAAGAAGAAGAAGAAGAAGAAGAAGAAGAAGGAGAAAAAGAAGCCUGCUGCAGUUGUCAAGCAGAAUCUCUUUCUCUGCAAACAACCCGCUGCUGCUGUUAGCCUGUUACAGCCCUGGCCCACCCUGUCAAAUGUCAUGUCAGGGACAAAAGCAUUGAGUUGCUUGAUGCUAAAGAAGUUGAGAUUGAAUACCUGUGCCAUGAGAACACCUCUCUUCAAAGAAAAUUGA